AUUGGGGGAUAGUCGAUCAAAUUAUAUUACUUUUCACAAGGUUCACAAGGCUUCGAUUAAUUGUCAUUAGAUUCUUACAUGCAUAUCAUUCUGAUAAGAGUUCCGCGGCGAAUUCAGUCUUUUGACAGGUCAUGAGGAUUCCAAUUGAGAAAGUGUGAGACAGUGAAACGUGAACAUUGCUCGGUUGGUUGGUGCUUGUGUUUUCGGCGGUCGAAUUUAUAGCAAUUGUAAAUUAAAAUUAGUGUUCGAAGGGGUCAAAUACACACAUUUGAAAUUCCGAUAAUCCCACUAUGUUUUCCUAGGGUCAGAUGUAAUUGCAAUUUAGGAGUUCAUCUUUGAAAAUGUUAAAAGUGUAGGACCCUCGGGGCAAAUUAUCGUGACCUGACUUUCUAUUCAUCUCAAUUGAUUAAAUUAAGUAUAGACGUUGCUAUAUCAAAAUAUAAAAUGACUGAACAACCGGAAGGGAAUGUAAUUCGAGUUGGUUCGCGAAAAAGCGAGCUGGCGCUCAUCCAAACCAAGCAUGUGAUCGGACUUCUUCAAGAACUCCACCCCGAAAAGCGGUUCGAGAUUCAUACGAUGUCAACAAUUGGCGACAGAGUUCUAAAUGUAUCUCUGCCGAAAAUUGGAGAAAAAAGUUUAUUUACGCGAGACUUGGAAGAUGCUCUAAGAAGAGGAGGCGUAGACUUUGUCGUCCAUUCUCUGAAAGACUUGCCAACAGCUCUACCUCCCGGCAUGGCCAUUGGUGCAGUGUUGGAACGUGAAGAUCCGCGUGAUGCCCUUGUCCUUAAUGAGAAAUACGCAGGCAAAACAUUAAGCACUUUGCCCAAAGGAAGUGUUAUAGGAACCUCAUCCUUACGGAGAACAGCUCAGUUGCGUCGGAAAUAUCCCCAUCUAGAAAUCGUUGAUAUUCGUGGAAACUUGAAUACUCGUUUAGCUAAAUUAGACGCCGCUACAUCGAAAUUCGCUGGAAUAAUUCUCGCACAAGCUGGUCUUGUGCGAAUGGGAUGGCAGAAGCGCAUCAGUCAAAUUUUGGAACCGAUAGAUGUUCUCUAUGCCGUAGGGCAAGGUGCUUUGGCGGUUGAAUGCCGGUCUAAUGAUGCGAAAAUUCUCUCGAUGUUAAAUGAGUUGGUGUGCAUUGAAACGUCUUGCAAAAUUUUAGCGGAGAGAAGCUUUUUGAAGACUUUGGGUGGAGGAUGUAGCGCUCCCGUUGCGGUGACUACAAGUCUAGAUGGUUCUCUUCGGAAUAAUAAUAAAUUGGAUGUCGUUAAUGUUAGACUUUCUGGCGCUGUAUGGAGUUUAGAUGGAUCGAUUGAAAUUCAAGAUGCAGCUGAAUGUUGUUUAGCUGGUCGUAAACUUCUGGAGGUAGAGGGCAACAAUACAACUGAUGAUAAUGACAACGAAACACCUCGUAAGAAAUUGAGAUUGAGUGAAAGCGAAGCCGAGCCCGUGCAUGAUAAACAAGGCAGUCCGAAAGUAAUUGACGAGGAUGUAGUGCCUGACCGAGGCUCAGGCGAUGCAUCGCAGGUAGAUGUUCAGUAUUUAAUUGAUGUGCAUGGGGAACUAUUUAAACGAUGCCCUUAUUAUGCGCUACAUGAAAAAGACGCCAAGAAUGGUAAUUCCAGUCAAAAAAUUGACGAAUGUCCUCUGAAAAUACCGAUCGGGCAGGAUUUCAUGGGUAAAUGUCCUUACGUGGGCGUAGAUGAUAAAGUACAAUUCGCAGCUGAAGGCAAGUGCCCGGUUUCUGGGAAAACGGCUGAAGAUUUAUUAAACUGUAAUAAAGGCCAAGAUGAAUCAGAUCGAUCGAAUAGCACACAGGAUGCCGCCAUCCCUGCACAAUGCCCGUUUUCAAAACAGAAUACUCUGAAGCAGAAAGAUUUGCUUGAGUUGAAACCAGACAGUUGCCCGUUCCUUAAGAAUAAACCCGCCGUUAAAAUGAUCGAUUGUGAUCUGAACAAAUCAACGGUUGUAGAUAACGAAGAGGAAACAAUAAAAAUCGUAGAUGACUCAGAUUCCCUGUUUUGUGGAAUGUUUAGACAUGAUUGCUACGGUUUGGAACUGUUCAAACGCUGUGAGGAACUAGGACGACGGUUAGCUAAUAAUCUAAUCGAGAAAGGUGCCUUGGAUGUGAUGCAACGAGCCCAGAAUGAAAUUCACGGGAAGAUUCAAUAAUGCAGUUGUUGCAUUUUUGGUUGGUUUUGUAUGAAGUGUAUUUGAUUGUUUAUUUCGAUAUAUUUAGUAUGAAAUCAGCCUCGAAAUGCAUAUCCAUUUCAUAAUA